AACUCUCCUGUCAUUCGUAAGACCAGUGAUUGAAAUGAAUAUGCCUUUGGAUUCAGAAGUCAACAUAAAGUUGCAGAACAUUAUGAUGCUAUUAAGGAAGUGUUGUAACCACCCAUACCUAAUUGAAUAUCCACUGGAACCUGGAACACAGCAGUUUAAGGUUGAUGAAGAUCUAGUGAACAGUUCAGGCAAAUUUCUACUCUUGGAUCGCAUGCUGCCAGAGCUGAAAAAGCGAGGACACAAGGUGCUGCUAUUCUCACAAAUGACACAGAUGUUGGAUAUUUUGAUGGACUACUGCUAUCUGAGGAAUUACCAGUUCAGUCGCUUGGAUGGAAGCAUGUCCUAUACAGAGAGAGAUGAAAAUAUGAGUAAAUUUAACAAAGAUCCAGAAGUUUUUAUAUUUCUUCUGAGCANUCUGAGCACGCGGGCUGGAGGUCUUGGCAUUAAUCUGACGGCAGCAGAUACAGUAAUCAUUUAUGACAGUGACUGGAACCCGCAAUGUGAUCUUCAGGCUCAAGACCGAUGUCAUAGAAUUGGCCAGACGAAGCCGGUGGUUGUCUAUCGCUUUGUAACUGCAAAUACCAUUGAUCAGAAGAUUGUGGAAACAGCUGCCGCCAAAAGGAAGUUAGAGAAGCUGAUUAUACACAAAAAUCAGUUUAAAGGUGGAAAAUUAGGAGGAUACCAGUCAAAGCGAUGUUUGGACCCCAAGGAGUUAAUAGAGUUGCUACAGUCCUGCGACUAUGACAGGUAUGAUUCAAUCAUAGUGGGAACAGGGGUCUCCGUCCUCUUCUUUGGCCAAGAGAGGAGCACGGACAUGUCUGUGCGAGGGGAGAAACCAGGAAGCAGUUCAGGCCUAAAUAGUAAGCAACAUCCAAUCCACAGAGGAGUCAGCAUGGAGGCUCAGAGGAGCAAGAAAGAGCCAGGUUAA